UAGGAACCAACGUAUUUACGCCGCGGGGGCCCGACGCGCGCUGCGGCGGACAACCCCACUAACGGAAAGGCCGGCGAGGACCACACAAUCUCAGAUGAGCAUCUAGAAGUCGAAGUCGUCCUGCGGCACGGCGGCCUUGAGCAGGUCGACGAAGAUGAAGAUCCACAGCGCGGCGAUCGCGACGGGGAGCACCGACGCGCCGAACGAAUCAGGGGGCGUCACGAGGCCCGCGAGCGGCAGCGCGACGCCGAGCGGCAGCGUCAGCCGGAUGUUCUUCUCGGACCAGACCUCCAUCGACAUGGCCGGCGGCGCGACCCUUUGGCUGCGCGCCGACAUGAGCGCGGCGCCCGAGGCCUUCGGCGCGAACGCCGCGACCGACGCGACGCACAGCGCGGCGGCGACGAGGGUGGCGGGCUUCAUCCUUUCUUACCUGUGUGGAGGAGGCGGUGAAUUUCUGCCUGGCGGCUCGACGGUCGAUCGGCAGCUGGCGGCGGAUAAGCCAGCUGGCGGAGCGGCGGGUCAGCGUCCGUGCCGGCUGUUGCUAGGUCUCGGCGGCGGCCUCUCGGCGGCAAGUCCUUGCGCGCUUAGCCCACGGCUCGGCGCGGCAAGUCAAAGCUCGGCGAGUUGCGGCAUAGCCAAUCUACAGCUACGGCGCGCGGCUUCGCAUCGCAGAACUCGCUCCAGCCAUGGCGGCGUCGUCAAUCCUCCUCGUCAGGCUGUCGUAACGCUGUCGGCUUGCUUAGACGCGGUUUUGCUGACCAAUUUGCUACCUUGCUAA